AUGUUUUUGUCUAACAUCAAUCUACUUACCAAGUCUAACGGCAGUGGCACGAGUACAACGAGCGGCUGCGUCAGUCAGGCCAGCAGCAUCGGCGGCAGUUGCACCGGUCUCGCUGGCAAUGGCUACUAUGGCAACAGCUCUGGCGCCCAGAGCAACGGCUUGCUGGGCCCUGGAGAUUUGGGUGUCGGGCUGACAGUCCCAUUGGCAAGUGGGCUCGACGGCCUUCCGGGAGGCAUAUGCCGCUUGCCAACCGGCAGCACUGGAUAUUGUACCAGCCUUUCGGGCCCCCAGGGGCAUCCAUACGCUGGGUUCCUUCAAACGCACCCGCCUCCGCCGCCGGCGACUACAACUCCCAGCAUUAGCUACUACGCCCUAGCUGCCCCGGCCUCGGCAUCAGGACCACACGCCGCUUCCGCCCCUCAGCCGCUCUCCUCCGUCUCGGGCGUCGGCCCCGCGGGCUCUCCGGGAGCCAGCUAUCUUUCGGCUAGUGCUCCUCCCACUUCUCUUUACCCAGGACUCGGCCCACCGGUCACAUAUUGUGUUACGCAGAGCGGUCCUGCCCUGGGACAGACCAUCUGUUCCGCUGCUGCCGGCCUUACGGGUCCCCCUGUCACAUUGAGUGGCCAUGCUGAGGCCGCCCUGUCUAACGGCGUCGCUUGCCACGCCCUAUCAUCUGCUUCGGCUGCGUCCUCUAUGGCGCAGGCUCUGGCCCUCAACAACUUCUUGGCGGCUGCUGCAGCGGCCGCAGCCGCGGCAACCCCUAGCUCGGGCAUGCAUGCUCAGGCGUUGUCAGGACAACCGAUGCACCAGAGUUCACCGGGAUCAGUGAGUCCUACCAAGUGGUGUGAUAUCUGGGGCUUGCCUAAUCGGCUGAAUUGGUUAGCCAGGCCGGGUACCAAUUUUUAUGGAGGUUCUUUGAGAUGA